CCUACUUUUCAAAGCCCGUAUGUACCUUUAUGUGAGAGAAGUACUGCAUGCACAUUUGUGGAUGGUUUAGCUGGCGUGAAGCAGGGUAAAACUCCACGUUCCCCAUUUUUUGUACCGAGCUCUGUAUGCACGCGCGGGUCUGUGGGUGUGUGUGUGUGUGUGUGUGUGUGUGUUUGUGUGCAUGUGUGUUUGUUUCCAGCUCUCAUCAGGUUGGGUGCGUUGUACUGGGGAGUUGCUGCUGCAUCCAUCUGCCUGAAACUAAAAAGCUCCCAGCUGUCACUGCACAUUCCAGGGUGUUAAGGGAGACAGUGAAGCUGGUGGAAACAACCUCUUGACGUCGCGUCUCAGGAGAACGAAGGCAGCUUUUCUCCCUCCUAAACCCCAGCAGAGCCCCAAGCAUCCGUCAGACUCAUGACUGUUUGAGGGGACGAGGACCCACCGUGGCCCAUGCACUGUACCCGUUUCCCUCCCUGUCCUCCUCGUCCCUCAAGCUGACGCAAAACCCCAGACACCUACCCCCUCUUCCCCACCCCCACUCCCACCCCAUCCCCAGCGACUCGCCCCCUCCCGCCAUGGUGUCCGGCACGGAAACCGUGCACUACAUCCACCUUCACAACUCCAGCCAGUCGGUGCUGGAAGCCCUGCGCACGCAGCGGCGCGAGGGCCUCUUCUGCGAUGUCACCGUGCGGAUACAUGACGCUUCGCUGCGCGCCCACGCCUGCGUCCUGGCAGCUGGCAGCCCCUUCUUCCAGGACAAGCUGCUGCUGGGUCACUCUGAGAUCUCUGUGCCGCCGCUGGUGCCCGCCGAAACCGUGAAGCAGCUUGUGGACUUCAUGUACAGCGGCUCGCUGGUGGUGCUGCAGUCGCAGGCCCUCUGCAUCCUCACCGCCGCCAGCAUCUUGCAAAUCAAGACGGUCAUCGACGAGUGCACCCAGAUCAUCUCUCAGAGGAAGGCAGCGGCCACGGCUGCGGCGGCGGCAGCGGCAGCCGCCGCAGCAGCAGCAGCGGCAGGAGGAGGAGGGGGAGGAGGGGGGAUGCUCGGAGGAGUUCUCCCCAAACAAGAAGAGCGUGGCGUGGGAAAAGGGAGAGAGAGUGGCGGUGGUGGAGGGAGCUGUUCUGUUGGCGCAGGUGGAGGUUACGCAAACUUCCCUAACUUCAUGGCUGAAUGCGGUGCUAGUAACAUGGGCGGGGGGUUGGGGGGGGCCAGCGACAGCGGCCCAGGCCCGAUGGAGCAAUCUAACGCGGUGAGUCUGAUGGCACUGGGCGACAUGGGCCCCGGCUCCAUGUGCGGCGGCGGCGAAGGACUGGGCUCAGGAGCCGGCGCAAUCCUCAUGAAGCAGAGCCCCAGCUGUACUCAGGACGUCAGGUACAAGCUCCGAGACCUGUUGGCGCAGACGGCUAACGGAGCCAGCACUAGUAGCACAGGGACCCUCUCCGCGGGCUGCAGCUCCGGCGUGGCCAGCGUGGACAGCAUCGGCAGGGACGGUCUCCGCGGCAACACGGCGGACCUCUCCGAUGACCUGGUGGGGAUGGAAAGAUACAGCGAGGAGGAGGACCUGGACGGGAGAGAGCGGGGAAGAGACGGAGACAGAGACAGGGGGGCGGGCCACAGUCGCAAGCAGAGGCAGCCGCUAAGACUCCAGGUGCUGGGAGGAGAAGGAGUGGUGGUGAAAGAUGAAGGGGUUCAGGACCCGGAUGGGACCGUCUACGCCUUGGAGGACGGGAGCCGAGACGGACAGCAGGAGGGCUCCCAGGAAUCCAUGGCAGGCUUUGGACAGGAUUUCUACGACGAGCAGGGGGUGUUUUCGGAGAGCUUCUGGCCCCAGAGUGAGCCUCCGCAGGCCAUGGCUUUCAACCCCAGAGGGAGGGUCAACAAGCCUCUGACUCCGCCUCCAACCACGCAGUCCAUCAACAACCAGCUUCUCUUCCAGUACCCAGUGAGCCAGUCGCAGCCAGCGCCGUUCUAUGUGGGCGGGCCCAUGGGUGGGAUCGACAGCAUGGCGGGGACUGAGCCUCAGCAGGCCCCGCCUCCUGCGCCCAUGACCCCGGCCCCGCCUCCCUCCACCUCCUCCUGCUCUGCAGGCCCCUCCCCUUCCUCCCAGGGAUCUGAGACCUCAUUCGACUGCACACACUGUGGCAAAUCUUUACGUUCCAGGAAGAACUACAGCAAGCACAUGUUCAUCCACUCCGGUCAGAAACCUCAUCAGUGCUCCAUCUGCUGGCGCUCCUUCUCCCUGCGCGACUACCUCCUCAAACACAUGGUGGUGCACACCGGCGUCAGGGCUUUCCAGUGCUCCAUGUGUGGCAAGCGCUUCACCCAGAAAAGCUCCCUCAAUGUGCACAUGCGCACCCACCGUGCCGAGCGCACCUUCCAGUGCAACGUGUGCCACCGGGCCUUCACCCACCGCACCUUGCUGGAGCGCCACGCCCUGCAGCACGCCCACCACGCACCCCAGGGCCAAGGCCAGGGGCGUGGAGCCGACAUGACCUCACCUACCAAGCACAGUCCUCCGGCUCUGGGAGGGCCCUCAGGUAUGGCUGGCGCGGCUGGCAUGGUCAGCAGCAUGGCAAACAUGCCCAGCCACGGAGGUUCCUCCACCUAAAGAGAGAGAGAGAGAGAGAGAGAGA